ACUCGGAAAACUGGAGAUACCGGCUCGGGGACCUUUGGUUCUACGCGUGUAGCUGCUUCAUUCACUCAUACAAGCCUAGCAGAGCUCGGUCACGACGUUCAGCACGCGGGGGCGAGACGCACGCUAUCCCUAAUUGCGGUUUAAAGGCGGAGGGAGAGAAGGGGGGAAAAGGCGUGGCGUGGGCAGGAGCUGCAUGAGCGAGCUGGCCAUGCUGCUGUCUCCGAAGCAGACAGCAGCAUUACCCAUCCCGGACCCUUACCGUAGAACCAUUGGCAUGUCGGAGAACGCCUCGUCGCCGCUCGGGCUGGCCGCUUCCGCAGUCAAAGAACCAUUUGAAAAGCUGUACCAGGUGGGGUCUGUGAUUGGCAGAGGAGGUUUUGGAACAGUCUAUGCAGGGAUCCGAUGUAGUGAUGGACUUCCAGUAGCCAUCAAACAUGUCACCCGGGACCGACUGGGUGAGCUGCGGCCCAUGGAUGGUCGUCUAGUUCCUCUAGAAAUAUUACUACUGCAGAAAAUGUCAGUGGGUUCUCCUCAUGGAGUGAUUCGUAUGCUUGAUUGGCGGGAACGGCCUGAUGGCUAUCUUAUGGUUCUGGAACGACCUCCGGAGUGUCAGGAUCUUUUUGAUUUCAUCACUGAACGUGGGCCUCUUGAUGAGGAUACUGCAAGGGCCUUUUUCAGUCAGCUGGUUGCUGCCGUGCAGCUGUGUCAUGCACGUGGUGUCUUGCACAGGGAUAUCAAGGAUGAGAAUGUGCUUGUGGACCUGCAGAAUGGCCAGGUUUUGCUUAUCGACUUUGGAUCUGGAGCACUGCUGCGGGAUGGACCUUACACAGACUUUGAUGGUACUAGAGUCUACAGCCCACCUGAGUGGGUUAGAUUGGGUCAGUAUCAUGGCAAACCAGCAGCAGUGUGGUCUUUGGGCAUACUUCUGUAUGAUAUGGUCUGUGGAGACAUCCCCUUUGAACAUGACCAUGAGAUCACAUUGGGAAAGGUCCACUUUCCACAUCAACGUCAUCUAUCCCCAGUAUGCUGUCACCUCAUUGAAUGGUGCCUAUCGCAAGAUCCAAAAAAGCGUCCAACGUUGGAGCAAAUCUUGUCACAUGAGUGGUUUAAUCCAGAUAGAAAGCCUGGAGUGGGGACAUAGCCAGGAUUGUAGGGAUGGGUAUGGGGUGGGGGUGUGGGAAUAUAGGGCAGUAUGCACACAAAGGUAGGGCUUGAUGCUUUUGAAACAAGUGUCUGCCUGUUGCAGAGCAGGGCUGUGUGCCAGGAUGACUAGCAAAGGUCUGAUGGCUGUAAAGGCAGACCGUGCAAGUACAGGGCUCCUCCAGUGAGCUGGAGAAGUGAUUUCUCGCCCACCAUUGGGUGGACAGAUGAAUGUCAAGUGUCCCGUUGUGGUGCAAUUUGUGGGUCAACACCCUUGCAUUCCUUAAUGGUGCUGCUUUGUUCAUGUUUGUUUUCACUUUCUUGCAGCCACCAAGUGAGUUCCUUUAUAAUAAAAGGCUGCAAGCUGAAAGAAAUGGCCCACUUUCUGUCAUUUUUAGGCAGGGAACUGACUGAAAAUACUCUUA